UUUAAAACUCCGGGCGCAUGCGCAGAACAUAUGUGGCAAGGGACUUGAACGGGUGACAACACUGGGUAUGAAGAAGUUGCUAACAUGGGCAAAAACAAUCGAGCUACAGCCUCAAAAGUAUCUAAUCAGCAAACUGAAGAACUGAAUCAAAGCAAGAAAUGGAAGAAGAAAAAUGACGUGAAACCUCGACCGGAUGAACAUCUGGAUCAGAUCCCGUUUCAACUCCGUGCAAUUAUGAAAAGUAAAGAGAAAAUGAAUAUGGGAUCCAGUAAACUGAAGAAAAUGAUGAGAGCAAAAAAGCCCAAGGCACAGACAGAGAUCAAUGAGCAGGAACACAUCAGAGUUCCACACUUUCGGAGGGGAAAGAAAGAGUCAGAGAAGAAUUACCUGUGGCGCAUGUCACAAGAAACACAGCGUGUUUUGUUUCUCACCAAAAACCAGCCAGAGAGACGUCCUGAGCAAUACAUGAAGGAGAAAACAACAACAACAACAACAACAACUUCCAACAAAGAAAUUCAUAAAGAAGUGUCUAAAAAAGGAAGAUGCCAGCGUAAGAAAAAAGUCAAGAAAGAGAAGUUUGUGGAAAAUAAGAUAUUUGUAGAUAAAGUACAGUUUGGAGAGGUUGCUAUGGCACCUCCAUCACUGACUGUUAAACCAAAGAAGGCUCCUGUAAAAUCCCAGAAGGCCUCCAACAAUCUUCUUCUAAGUUCUAUGCUUGGCCACACUGAUGUGUCAACAGCUAAGCCGUCUAUGGCAAGACAGAGGAUAAUUAAGGAAGAACAUGAAAGGGUUGUCCACGCUUACCGCCAACUAAAGAGGCAGAUUAUGGAGCGAAAAGAGCAGCAAAAGGCAGGGAUAAACAAAUUUCAAAACCCUGAAUGAACCUUCCAGGAAGAUUGUACAAAAGACACUAAUCUGUAAAUCAACAAAUAUUUCUACAGUUCCGUUUGUAUUGUAUUUCAUGAUUUUUUUUAAAUUUGGAAUUAGGAUAUGUUUAUGCUCUUCUUUUCUGCUAUAGUGUUUUUACAACUACUGAUCUCGAUUCAAGCAAUAUCAUAUAUUAUAGACAUUCUUAACGGAACCUAAAUUAACCUCUUAACAGCAGACAUUGGAGAAGGUACAUGGCAGGCGAGGCAACAGUCUAAUAGAGUGACAUGAGCAAGAUAGCAUUAACUCGUGUUUACUGAAAAUCUUGGAGUACAAAUAAGCAAACAGGCCAGCACACACUGAUGCCAUAAUAUUUUAAUCAAUAAAUUGAUAAUGAACAGAAAGGUUUGAGGUCUAUGCAUGGAGCUGAGCAACACAUUUUUCACUGCAGCGGAGCAUAAUAGAGAUUGUGUGAGAAUAAACUGUGUAUGAUCAUUCAACAACGUUUUUACAAAAAAUUAAUAGUUUUUUAUUUGUUCUUUAAUAUUAAUUUACUUUUAAUUUAUCUGCAGCUGUUGGAGUGAAUUUCCCUCUAGGAUUAAUAAAGCUGUCUGUGUUUCUA